AUGCAGACGGUCGUCGUCUUGUCGCCCGAUCUCGUCGAGCUCGUCGCGCUCUUCCUCUCGGACGACCUACCGGCCUUCGUCGCUGCACUCGCGCCGUGGGGCCGCACGCCGGCGCUGGACGCGUUCGUGCGCCUGCAGCACUGCGCAGACGUGACUGUGGCCUGGCCGCGUGUCACGAUCCAUCACGCGCUCGCCAUCGCGACAAGCGACGCACUGCGUGGGGCCCUGUCCUUGCGCCCAGCGAUCGAGGUCGUCAUGCCUCGUGACGGCGACCUGGCGCUCGUGGUCGCCCCUUAUGCGCGCUGCAUCACUCGCGUCCGGUUCCCGCGCCUGCACCCAAUGACCACUAUGGACGGCUACGCCAUGCGCAAUGCACUGCUCGCGCUGCCACGGCUGCGCUCUCUGGAGCUUGCGCCACAGCAGUUUGCACCGUCGGACACGUACUUGGAUGCGCUUCUCGAAACGCUGGAACACGACCAUCUCACGUCGUUGCAGCUCCACGUUGACAUGCCGCGCGGCGAAGUCUUUCUGGACAGGCGAUUCGCCAUCAACCUCGUGCGUUGGCUGCAGCGCCCAAGUCGCCGUUGUCUCUCGCUGCGCUCGGUGCGAGUCCGACUCGACGAUGAUCCCAUGCUCUUGCAAACGCUUCGAGAGGCGAUCCAGUCGCACCCGCGACUCUCGGCGCAGCUGGUGCACGUCGACAUCUUUGACGAGUAUGUGCUUCAUGGCGAGCAGCUGCCACAAGUCUUUCAAGCGCAGCGCUGGGCGAGCUCCCUUGUUGCGUCGCUGGAGCCACGCCCGAUAGACCGCAUGGCACGCGCGAUCGCCAAGCCGAUGGGUGACGCGCCGGCGUGCGGCUACCUCGUCGAAGCCGUCGACGCACCAGCCCGGCCCACGUUCCUUGUGACGAGCCACGGCACGCUCCAGGACAUGUCAAGCCGCCUUACGCAGAUGCUACCGACGCUGCCAUGGCUUCGUCUCUUACUCCUGCACAAAUCGACUGGCGACGACAUUGCUCGGUUGGUCGACGUCUUGCCGAGGUGCCAGCGACUGAGCCAUCUCGUGCUCUCAGGACCCGGUCUCACGCCGACAGUGGUCGCGGCCCUCCUGCGACGGCUGCCGCAGUGUCCUUCAACCCGAUGGCUCGGCCUUCAGAACCCUACCUGCUCGAGUCGCGAGCUCAUGGCAAUGGACGGCUGGCGGCACUGUUUACGCCGCCUUGAGCACAUGGAGCUGUCGUCGAGCCAGUGGAGCUUCCGAGACAAGGCGGCCGUGCUAAACGACGCGCAGCGCCACAUGAAGGCGGCAACCGUCGUGAUCCACGUAUCGCCGCCUUCGAGUCGCUGGGGACUCGACCGACUCUUCCCAUAG